AUUCACUGCUCCAUUUUUUAUUGGUACCACUUGACCACUCUGUCAAACGUUGCUAAAUAAAGACAAACCCUUUUGGAAGAGUGAGAUUUUCUUUGCAAAUUAAGAUUAGAAUUGCUCUUUUCGAAGGUGGCAUUGUCGCUUACUACAUGUGCUGAUUAAUCCUUAAACACUUUUCAAGGAUCUUUUAGCUGCCAAAGAUUCCAAAAAGCGUUUCUGGGUUUUGUUUCAUUUUCCUGUUCCCCUUAAGAUUGUUUCUUGUCAUCUUCAAAAACUUAGCUAAAGCUCAAAAUUUAAUUUCACUGGCUCGCUUGCUUUUCGGCUCAUAUGUGAAGAAUUUGAUCCAUAUUAUGGUUUAAAGGAUGCUAUAUAUUCCUGUACUCAGGUGCUACUGCUGUACUGCAUAAAAGGCUUAAGAAUUCAUUUGGUCACAAACGCACAAUACUUUCUACAAGCUUUGAAGGCUAAGACCUCCUCUUUAAAAGAAGACCUUGGACUUUUGGCUGAAACUGAAUAGAUAAUAGACAUGGUUCAGAAACUAGAAGCUAUCAAGGGUGGUGGAGGAUCCAUCAAGGUGGGGACCACAGGAACAGUCAGUGCACUGAUGGCAAGAGAACUGGAAUCCUUUAAAUCUGCAUCACAGACAUCAGUAUCUCAACAAGAUAAGCCUAGGACUGUUCCUGUCUCGAUUCCCUGUAGUGCAACCACUCCUAGAAGAUCACAAGCAAGAAAAUCAUUAGAUGAAGCAAGCAGCAGUACUAAUUGUAGAAGCCCUGAAACAUCUCAGAAGAUGAAAAGCUACGCUAAAAGUGCCCAUAAAAUGCCAAUGCUCUGCUCUGAGAAUGUAAUAUUGGAGAGAACUCCUAGUAGGGAGAAAACCAAGAAGAAAGGAACUAACAUUGUUGAAAUUGUGGACAUAAAAUGUGGUCACCCAGAUAAGGCGUGGGCUAGCCCUAUAACCAGCAAGCUUAAGAAGCUUGGUUUCUCAAAGCUAUCUGAGAGCAUUGUCUAAACUUGCAAGUUCUUGACAUCAGAUUUCAGGUUCCUGUAACUGAAACCUGAAAUCCCUAUUGGCCGGUUGUUGUUUGAAACUUCCACCACAGAGCACAUGCUUGGUAGAAGCCUGCUGCUUCCUUUCUUUUUCUUUUUCGGGGUUGUUAUGACAGAUCCAACAGUGGGUUUGGAUUGACUACUACUAGUUGAGGCUAUUCCAGUAGUAUGGGACUUGGGCUUCUGUGAGCUUUCUGGACAGCUUAAUUCUAGUUGGCUGAAAUAUCUGAUUUCUUGCAUUAUGAGGGACCCAAUGGUUCCUCGAGUGCCUAUGUCUACGGGAUUCUGUGUUGCCAUGUCUUCAGGGUUUUUUGUGGUCGUGGUGCUUGAUUUAUACAUGUUUUGUUUGUUCAGGUGAAGGAGGCUUGCAGAUGAAGAGAAGUGGUUUUGGGAUCUUGAUCUGGGUGGGGAGAUUGCUUCAAGUCUGGGGCAUAUGGUGAUUGGCCUUAUACUCGGUGUAUUUACAUGAAUUCUUGACCCCCAUGUUCUUUGUCUGACGUGAAGAGCAUUAGAUUUCCCUAUUUAAAAUAUUAGAUAGUGACAUGUACGUUGUAUUCAUAUGCUUGUUGUCAAUACAUUUAAUUUGUUAACCACUGUACUUUUUCCUCUUUUAACUUCAUGGUUCUGAUUCACAUGUCAAUCAAUGCAUAUUCGGAUCAUGAUUAUGAUUGGCA